CCAAAAUUUUCUAACGAUUCCCUCCUUUAGCAAAACUCCCCAUUUCCCUUCAUAGAUAAAGAAGCAUGAUAUCUCUUUUUUUCUUCUUAACCGUACCACUGCAUUCUCUCUUUUCUUCCGGCCAUCAAAGAACACACGCCUCCAUCAUCUCCCCUUCAACUCGUCGGACAUCACAGAGGUCCACCGCUGACCAUCGCAUACCGUCUUCGUCGCACGCACCACCGCCGUCACAGGCCAGUGUCGCACGUACUGUAAAACACCACCAUCCAUUCUUCUCCCUCCCACCUUCUCUCCGAUCUACCUCCCUUCGUUGGCGACGCCGCCACCGCAAGCCCGACGAGCGACGCCCUCCACAUCCUCAAAGUCAUCGAUUUUCCAGUUCUAGAAGGGGUAGGAAGAAGCAGAAGGAGGUUCAAGUAGGGUGGAAUGCUAAGAGAGGUGCACAUUCUUUUGGAAACACUACUUAUGCACAAGGACUUGACUCAUGGUGGUACAUCCAAGUGUUGCAUAUCACUCGACAGUCUUGUGGUCUUUUGUUAGUUUAAGUAUUUCAAGUUUUAUGACUUGUAAUUUUCUUGUGGCUUGAAAUAUUAUGUUAGA